CACAUCAUUCAAGUACAUAAUCAAAUAUUCUCGGCCAAAACAAAGUUAUUAAGGUGCAACCGUUGUACCUUUCUCGGGACCUCUCGGCUGGUGGCCAUUCAGCUGAGAGAGGACACGGUUUUGCUGCUGCUUAGUCCAACCUUUUGGCACUCGGACAUUGCUUGCUGCUUUUUGGCGCCAAGCGUGAGGGAAUGUUGUACGUGUGGAAGCUUUUCCCGCAACCAGGACCGACUGCUCGACUCACCGCGGAGGCCCGAUCGCUGGACAUCGGGUCUUACUCGUGGGCAAACUCGAGGGUCUCUGGUACAGAUUGCUCCUCGGGUGGUCAACGAAACUCGACUCACUUCAGCCCUAGACUCGUUUCAGCCUGGAAAAUCACCCAAGUCACUCUGUUUCAGCCCGAACUGCCUC